AGAGAUGUUACUUUUAAAUAAUAAUAUUUGACAGGGUUAAAUCAUUGCGCUUUGUCCCAUGAUAAACAGUCCACAUGUGACUUUAAAAUAAAAUCAUUAAAUCAUAUCAGCAGCGCAUGUAGACAAAUAUACUAUGCUUUGAACUCUGUAAACAUGCCAUAGUCGAUUAUAUUUAAAAAAUGAUAUUUUUCCUAGGAAAUUCAUUUUUGUAAUAGCAAUAAUACAUGUAAAAGUAACUUUCACUGUUUUCAAGCAGCAAGAGUGCGCUCAGUCUAUCCAACAUCAGCUGCGCUCCACAACAACGAGUUUUUGCGGCGAAAUUUGAAAAUGACGCAAAGGAAGGCCGCAACCAAUCAGAGGCCGGAACGGAGAUUGACAUUUAAAUGACUUUCCCUUUUAAGGGCAAGUCUCCGCCCUCGUCGAGUCCACGCUUGUCCCCCCCGAGAGCGCCGGAGCCUCGGAACCCGAGAGAAGGUGCGCUCCGCUGGGACAGAGGAGGCAUAAAGAGACGGGAGGGAGGGAGGGAAUGAGAUUUCUUGCUACCCAAUCCCACUUUUCCCCAGGGACAGCAAGCCUUCCCUGGUCCAUCCCUCCCUCUUGUUUGGUAAUCAUUUCAUUUUACUCCUUUUUGAAGCAGUCGCCCGUUUUAUCCCACUUUUCAUUUCACAAUCCCGUGCGCGUAUGUUCGCCUUCUUCUUCAGAGCAAGUUCGCGCUCUCCCCUCUUUCCACCCGCGACGAGAAGGUCUUCUUGAUCCCGGCUGAUCGUUGUCCUUUGAGAUGCUCCACAGCUCUAGCGCUUGCCUUCUCUCCACCCUCUUUUAACUAGAGACCGGUUAAUCUUGAGUGAACUGAACUUGGGUUUGGAAUCUAAAAUAAAGAGGAACACCCAAAGGGAUACGGUUACGCGUCUUUGGAUAAGGACCUCUAUCGCUUUCCCCAUUUGUUGCACUUUGGGGAAGAUUUUUCCCUUUCACUUGGUUUUGGUUAAUCCAGGUGGCCUUGUUCUGAGAGUGUAGCAGGAUUAUUCCGUUCGAGCUGGUAAAGAGAGACAUCCCCACAAGGCUAUUUUCAUGUUCUCCAUCCAGGACGGUCUCCCACGGGGAGCCUUGACCAUGAAAGAAGAGCCCCUCACGAGCGGCAUGACGCCGGUCCGCUCGUGGAUGCAGAGCGCGGGGAUACUGGAUGCCAACACAGCAGCGCAAAGUGGUGUCGGUUUGGCAAGGGCCCAUUAUGAAAAGCAGCCUCCCUCGAACCUGCGCAAGUCAAACUUCUUCCACUUUGUGCUGGCCCUGUAUGACCGGCAGGGACAGCCCGUCGAGAUCGAGAGAACCUCCUACGUGGACUUCGUGGAAAAGGACAAAGAAUACAAUGGCGAGAAAACCAACAACGGCAUCCACUACAGGUUACAGCUUCUCUACAGCAACGGUAUCAGAACAGAACAGGAUCUCUAUGUGCGAUUAAUAGACUCAAUGACUAAACAGCCAAUCCUUUAUGAAGGCCAAGACAAAAACCCAGAGAUGUGCCGGGUUCUCCUCACCCAUGAGAUCAUGUGCAGUCGGUGUUGUGACAAGAAAAGCUGUGGGAACCGAAAUGAGACACCAUCCGAUCCCGUCAUCAUCGACAGAUUUUUCCUGAAAUUCUUCCUAAAGUGUAAUCAGAACUGUUUGAAAAAUGCAGGGAACCCCAGAGACAUGAGGAGGUUUCAGGUGGUGGUUUCCACUACAGUGAAUGUCGAUGGUCAUGUCCUGGCCGUUUCAGAUAAUAUGUUCGUCCACAACAACUCCAAACAUGGGCGGAGGGCGAGACGCCUGGACCCAUCUGAAGCAGCCACUCCAUGCAUUAAAGCCAUCAGCCCCAGUGAGGGGUGGACGACCGGGGGAGCCACCGUUAUCAUCAUUGGCGACAACUUUUUCGAUGGAUUACAGGUGGUCUUCGGCACAAUGCUUGUUUGGAGUGAGCUCAUCACACCUCAUGCUAUCCGGGUGCAGACACCCCCUAGACACAUCCCUGGGGUCGUGGAGGUCACACUUUCCUACAAGUCCAAGCAAUUCUGCAAAGGAGCUCCGGGGCGCUUUGUCUACACAGCUCUGAACGAACCCACCAUAGACUACGGCUUCCAGAGGUUACAAAAGGUCAUUCCUCGUCAUCCCGGAGACCCGGAGAGGUUACCCAAGGAGGUACUGCUGAAGCGGGCCGCGGACCUGGUGGAGGCGCUGUAUGGGAUGCCCCAUAACAAUCAGGAGAUCAUUUUGAAGCGUGCCGCAGACCUGACGGAGGCGCUGUACAGCGUGCCGCGGAGCCAUAACCAGCUGCCCUCACUGACGGGCUCCGGUGCACAUUCGGGCAUGAUGGGAGUCAACUCCUUCAGCAGCCAGCUCGCAGUCAACAUCUCUGAAGCCUCACAGGGAGACCAAGGUUACUCUCGUAACUCCAACAGCGUGUCUCCUCGGGGUUACGUGGCAAGCUCCACACCCCAGCAGUCUAACUACAACACCAUCACCUCCACCAUGAAUGGAUAUGGAGCCGGUAUGACCAACCUGGGCGUUCCCGGAUCCCCCAGCUUUCUCAACGGCUCAGCCGCCAACUCUCCUUACGCAAUCAAACAGAAGAGCGCCUUCGCGCCUGUCGUCCGGCCACAGACCUCCCCGCCCCCCACCUGCACCAGCACCAAUGGGAGCAGUCUACAGGCUAUGGCCGGGCUGAUCGUCCCUCCUAUGUGAAGAGGAACGAAAGCUUUCAUUAGCCUUCCUCAAGUCCACAACAAACUCACUGGCUCACCAAAUCUGUCUGACACUCUUAUCAAACAUCACAGAUCCUCUGAGGAGCUGCCCCAAACAACAUCUACACCUGGACUGCUAAAAUCAAAGUCUACCUGGCCUGAAAAUGUCUUGUAAUAUCUUCUACAAAUCCAUCAUGGAGAUUCGCAGAAUUUUAAGAAGAAAGCCCGGAAGAUUUAUCAAAGACGAUCAUGAUACGAGCAGGAGCCGAGGUUUUGAUAUGGAAAAGGGCUUUCCGAUUUCGGCCAUGGGGGCAUCUUUGCAUGACUGAUGUUGUUUGUAGAUCGGUUCCUCACGGUUAAUUUUAUGUGUAUGUCCUACAGUCCCGCAGGAACCAUGGGAUCUCACUUGUUCAAUAAGACUUGCGGCAAUCAAUGCCAGUUAAAGAUGAUUUGCUCCUGUUUUACAAAUGUAACGUUUUUAACAUCAAGGUUUGUUUUUCCUUUCUUUCUGUUUAAACCAUCAAACGAACAAAGCGUAAUGCACAAAUCCAAAACAAUCCCAGACAGAAAAGCGCCGGGCAAGACAGUGAUAUUUAGUACUGAUCAGGAUUUUGGAUGUCAGUCAUUUUUAAACAUACUGUUUCUGUAGUACCAAUGUAGUUCCAGGUGUGUGGAUAGGUAGAUUUAAGCCAGGAAUGCUUUCUGCGGUUUUAUCACAUUAAGGUACCAGACUUAUUGUUGAUCUUCUUAUUGUGCUCUUUUGUAUGUAUUUAUAAAGUUGGUUUCAGGAUUUCUUUGGUGAGUUAGGCCUGAAUAAUAGUAUCAAAUAUCUAUGUCAAAACAUUUGAUGUCUUAAUACCUUUUAGAUAUUGUAAAAAGAGUGAAAACGAAAGGGAUUACACUUUUUUGUAAAAACAAAAAACAAAAAAACAAA